AUGGCUCGUGGCAAACGCUCAAUUGAAGAACUCGCCAACAAGUCCGACUCCGACGACGACGAUUACAGUGACCAUCCUGUGCGCUCAGCGCGACAAUCCGCUCCCAGAUCGAAAUCCAGAAAGAAGUCCAAGCCGGCGAAGAAGAAGGCACGCCGCGAUUCGGACGAUGAUAUCUCCGAUGAUGAUAUAAUAAGUGACGAAGAUGAAGUGACCCCCGAUGAGUCGGAAUCGGAAGAAGAAGACCCAGAUGCGGCCAGGAACGCAAGAGGGUUAGUCUCUCGGAGGGCAGCUCGCAAUCGACCGGUUUAUAAUGAAGACAGCAUGGAGGACGAUAUAGCGGAGCCGGACGAUAUCGAAGACGAAGAGGACCAGGUCAGACCAGUCUCUCCACAGAAGAACCGCAAAAGUACCGUGAUCACGUUGAAGGUCGGCAAUGCUCUCAAGCGGCAACAGGCACCGGACUUCUCUGGGAAUAGACGGAUGACUCGACGGACCCGUGACCCAUCAGAGGAUAUCUACGCUCUUACGAAUUCCGGUCGCCAUGCCGAAACCGUCCACUGUGGUACACAUAGCCCAGAAGCUGAAGCCAUACAACCAAAUCGCCGAGGAUCCCGUGCUUCAAAGAAUGUCAUUCCCGAGGAAGAAGAGAAUGAUACGCAGCCUAACGAAGAUGAGGUUGAUGUUGUUGAUGAGACUACAAUGGAGAUCAGGGGCUCCCAACUGGAAAUAAUGGAAAGCUUCGAAGAAGGCGCACCUCCAGCGACCGACGGUCAAAAAGAGACCGGCCAAGCUGAGGAAGAAGGGUUCAUCCCUGAGUCUGAAAAUGGGGAGGCCAAAAAUGAAGACGGCGAAGACGACGACGAUGAUGAAGGCCCGACAACGCGAAGGCGAAGCAGACCAAAUCGGAAUCUGCAAGCCGAGGAAGAAGCUCAGCCAGAAGAAGAGGAGGCGCGAAACCUUCGUCGUUCGGGUCGAAAGAAACCUCAAAGCUCACAACGCAAACAAGACGAAGAGAGUGAUUUCGAACCCGAGGAGGAGGAAUCGAAUGACGAUGAUGAAAUGUCUCAAUCUGCAAAGUCCCAUGGCUCUCCACGGAAGGCAAGCCAAGCCCGAGAUGAUGAUGAGGACAGCACUGCUGCUAGGCGUCCAGGCCUACGGAAGAGAGCGUCUCGGUCUCGUGGCCAGUCGGAAGCUGGGGGUGAUAUCGCAGAUGAGUUGGCAGAGGAGCUCGAAGAACUCCGGCCAAACCGCCGUCGUAGACUACAGCCGGAAAUCAUCUACGAGAAGCCUCGGCGCAGCCGGAAGGAUGUCGACUACAGAAUCAUUCGGCCGGAUCUCGUUCUACCCAUAGAAGAAGCCGAGAACGAGGUCCAUGAAUCCCCCUCGCGGCGUGGCCGAGGAGGUGGCGGCGGUGGCAGCUGGCAGCGCACUCUGUUCCCAACAUAUGGACCUUUUGGCGGUGCCGGACCAUCUGCGAUUCUGGCUCCUCCAGGAGCGCCUGCUAAUACAGGCAUGGACAGUGAUAGCAGCGAUGACGAGGUCAUGCAGCGUCCCAAGCCUUUAGGUGCUGGCGCUGGCUCAACAGCUGCCGUUGGGCAAGGCGCCGGCCUAGUUACUCCAGGCCAAGCCCACGGGCACGAUGCGCAAGGACUUUCAGGAACGCCUGCAAAUCUCGGUAAAGUCAAGGAUAAGCAAGCCCUCGCGGAUGCAGAUCCACUGGGUGUCGACGUGACUGUCAACUUUGACAGUGUUGGAGGCUUGCAAGGGCAUAUCGACCAACUGAAGGAGAUGGUUUCUCUUCCACUUCUGUAUCCAGAAAUCUUCCAGCGCUUCCACAUUGUUCCCCCAAGAGGUGUUCUCUUCCAUGGACCCCCUGGUACCGGUAAGACAUUGCUAGCCCGGGCUCUGGCGAACAGUGUCAGUUCUGAAGGGCGGAAAGUCACCUUUUAUAUGAGGAAGGGUGCUGAUGCACUGAGUAAAUGGGUGGGUGAGGCUGAAAGGCAGCUCCGGCUGCUUUUUGAAGAGGCCCGCAAAACACAACCCAGUAUCAUUUUCUUCGAUGAAAUCGACGGUCUGGCCCCCGUAAGGUCAAGCAAACAAGAACAAAUCCACGCCUCCAUUGUCUCAACCCUCCUGGCCUUGAUGGAUGGUAUGGAUGGUCGUGGUCAAGUCAUUGUUAUCGGUGCGACAAAUCGACCAGACUCCAUCGACCCUGCACUUCGCCGCCCUGGCCGCUUUGACCGUGAAUUCUACUUCCCCUUACCCAAUAAGGAUGGGCGGCGUUCCAUUCUUGAUAUCCACACAAAGGGCUGGGAUCCACCUCUCCCAGGUGAUGUCAAAGAUCAACUAGCCGAGAUCACCAAGGGCUAUGGAGGUGCGGAUCUUCGUGCUCUUUGUACAGAAGCUGCGCUUAAUGCGGUGCAGCGACGAUACCCUCAAAUCUACAAAUCGGACCAGAAGCUUAUCAUAGACCCCAAGACGAUCGAUGUCAGCCCUAAAGAUUUCAUGCUUGCAACAAAAAAGAUGGUGCCGUCAUCGGAAAGGUCCACAUCCUCCGGUGCCUCAGCGCUCCCCAACGCUGUCGAGCCAUUGUUACGCAACUCUCUGGUUGAGAUACAAGGUCUAUUGUCUGAAGUCAUUCCCCAACGAAAGCGGCUCACUGCUCUGGAAGAAGCACAGUACGAGGAGCCAGAAGGCUCAGGAAGCUUCCGGCGUGAGCAGAUUUUGCAGGAGUUUGAUCGAUCACGAGUGUUUAGACCAAGGAUGCUUCUCCGUGGGCACCAGGGGAUGGGCCAACAGUACCUUGCUGCUGCCCUCCUACACCAUUUUGAAGGACUCCAUGUUCAAGCGUUUGAUCUUCCGACUUUGCUCAGUGAUUCAACUCGCUCACCCGAAGCAGCUGUGAUCCAGCUCUUCUCUGAAGUUAAGAGACACAAACCCAGUGUCAUUUACAUUCCAAACAUCCAAGCAUGGUUCGAGACCGUGGGACAGGCCGUUAUAUCCACAUUCAUGGGACUUUUACGCUCUAUACCCCCCACAGACCCUGUUUUGCUGCUAGGAGUCCUGGAAUCGAGCGGGGAAGAAGUAGAAGCCGGGUUGUUGCGGAAUAUGUUUGGUUUCUCGAAGAAGAACCUCUAUGACUUGAAAGCUCCUGACAAUGGUGCGCGGUACGAGUUUUUCAGCAAGCUAAUUGACUACGUAAAGACAUCACCGUCUGAGUUCCCAGAUCCUGAGAACCGUAAACCGAGGCAACUGGAAGCAUUGGAGAUCGCACCGCCACCACCACCGAAACCGGCAACCCCACUUACAAAGGAACAACUUAAGGCGCAGAAGAAGAAGGAUCACCAAACUCUAAACCUCUUGAAGAUCAGGAUUCAGCCCAUUAUGGACCAGAUCAAGAAGUACAAGAGGUUCAGGACUGGUGUUAUUGAUGAGUCACAAAUACGAUAUCUCUGGGAGGAGGAAAACCCGAACAUCGUAACCAGCGACUUGCCAAUUGAACAACGGACAACAUUCCGACCAUUCGAGAAAGCAUAUGACAAAAAUGGUGCCCCAGGUCUUCGGGAGGCUGUUUCUGGCAAAUUCUUCUACAACAUGGAGAUUGUCACCAUCGAGAAGCGCCUAUCUAACGGAUACUACAAACGUCCCUCGGACUUCUUGGCUGAUAUCAAACGGUUGACCAAGGAUGCACGGCAGCUUGGAGACCAAGAACGGUUGCUGCGAGCAAAUGAGCUUCUGUCUAAUGUUGAAGUCGACAUCGCUACCAUCGAGCAGGCUGAACCAGCUCUUGUUGCAGAGUGCGAGAGUGUUUACCUCCGAGAGUUGGAGAGAGAACGGAUUGCAGUGGAGCGGGCCAAAAAGGCCGAGGAGGAAGAGGAAAACUUUGCAGGCCGUGCCGCGGUCACUCAAGUACCACAUGGGAAUACUGAAUCGGGCCCAUCUAGCGGGCCUGUUGUCCUAGGAGAGUCCUUUUCAGAUGGCAGGCCGAAUACCCCUGCUCGACCGGUGACCCCCUCGCGACGCUCGAACGUGAGCUUUUUGACCAACGGGUAUCACCAAGGCGGAGAUUCAGAUCUCAAUGAUCUGAGCAAUCAUGCUCAGACAAGUCAUGAAUCGCAUGAGUCUCAAGGAGACGGAGAUGGGGAUACUUAUAUGACCAAUUCCGAGGAUCAUUCGGGCGAGGGAGACACGCAAAAUAGUUCAUUCGGGCCAUCUGCACAACCCAAACCGCCUUAUUCGCAUACCGCACCCUCUCAGCAGAUUCGGCGAGAGUCGGGUCUCUCCAGUUUCUCGCAGAAGGGGCCUAUGACCCCCAUGGCUCCUGGAUCUCAGCCGAAUGACUACACCAACGAGGCGUCCACCACGCAGACGACUUCAGACAAGAAGUCAUCGGAACUCUCGUAUAUCCCUCACUACCACACCCAAAGCCCUGUGGCAGGCCACGGUGCGAGACAGGAUUUCCCGGAUCUUACGCAAUACCCGGAUCGUGUAUCGCAGGAGGAUCAUCUUCCCGAUACCCAGCAAUGCGAGAGCAGCCAGGCCUCUCCCCGGCCGCAGGACUCCCAGGCCAAGAACGCAGAACUUGGGAAUUCCGACAACAACGCGCCAAAUGGCAGCCAGUCCCAACCCAAGCAGCAGCCGCCUGUGCCUCUUUUUGAUGCACCCACAAAGAACCCAACUCAUAACCCUACGAACCUAAAAUCCUUAUUGAACAACGAUGACCUUUCGCCGAAACUGGUGUUGGACUACGAGUACAUCGAUCAGCUUCAUGAGCAGCUCACACAGCGGACCAGUGGCUGCUCCGUCGAGCAGCUGGAGCAGAUCAGCACCAACCUGAUGGACUAUGUCUGGCGCAUGCGCAGCGAAUGGAACCGCAGCAAAGUGGCAGCUGGGAUUACCGAGACCUUCAACGAAGUGCUGGAAGACAUGCAAGCCAUGCAGGAGAUUGGACCUAUUAGUCAGAGGACGAAGGAGCAGUUGGGAUCAAGUUUCUAG